GCCACUACGCAGUCGCAGGACACUUUUCUCCCUGCCACAGGAACUGACCCGCGAAAGGCGUCCGUCCAAUCAGAACAUGUCUCGCGACAGGACGUUACCGCUAAUGAUAGGCGAUCCGACGAACGACCGACUUCGAGGUCGCCGAAGUAAUGCGAUCCCGGUGACUACAGACGACCGACAUCCAGCCCUUCCGAAGUGUCCGGGGAGUCUGAGCAGCGCCAGUAACUUAUUUUCAGGGCCAGGACCGCCUCUUGACUUGGCUCGCCACCGACGGCGCGUCCAGUGCUCCUUUACUAUUCUAGAUCCUCUCGUGUUGUCGUAUUUAUUCUGCAGGGUGUUUUUGAGAAUUCUAAAAAACACCCUGUAUUUAUUCCGAGUGCAGGGGUGGAAAUAGCAACAGCUUUGCGGAGCACAGAGUGAAAGGCUUUUUUUGAGGUCUUUUUGAAGCUCUCCUCCUCUCGCUAGGAAAAGGUUCUUCGCUCCCCUCUUUCAACCAGCAGCAGAGCGUGCAGUUUACCGAGAAGCCUAUCACUUUCCCAUCUACAGUCCGUUUCUAGCUGAGAAUGUGAUUCCAGAUGUUGCUACCAGGGCCCUAGGCCGGUCCAGAAUCCAGAUCCGCUGUUCCGAGAUCGCUCCGCGUUUCGAAAUCGUUUUUACCGGCAGAUUUGCGAGGCUAGGGCGAAGUCGGCUUCGGUUGACCGCUCCAGUACUCGGAGAAACUUUCAACCAUCUCUUUCCUACCUUGGUAUCGCCGGGCGGAGCAUUCAAGAUGAAACCAAGCCGCGUGGAUGCGACUCUGCAGGUUUCUCCUACUACCACCACACGUGCCGACGCGUCUCUCUCGCCAUCACUGCCGUUUUCUCUCCACAAUCCGUCUCGCCCGCUAUUGGAACGCCUGCAGCGGUGGAAGCGCGUCUUCGGGCCGCGCCUCAUCCUGCUCCUCCUCCCGGACGGCUCCAUGGAGAUGUACGCGCCCGGCGGAAAAACACCCGCGCCCGGCGGAAAAACACCCUCCGCCAACGGGGGGGAUUUUCCCGGCGGGGAAUCUCCCGCGCCUGGCGGAGGCGGAAAGGGCAGCUCCGCCAUCGGCGCAACCAGCUCCGUGGAGAUCCAUGUCGCCGGCCGUAGAACUCCCGUCAGCGGCGGAAAGAGGGCCAGCAUCGCGGGCGACGAGUCCGCAUCCGCGCACCUCUCGCAGUCCGCGCGCCACCCCGCGCGGAGUCGCAGUCCGCGCAGGCUCCGCGGAAGCGGCGGGCGGGCGGGCGGAAGGGCGGGCGGACGGGCGGGGCGGCAGCUGACGGUGGCGGACGUGAUGCGCGAGCACCCCGGGUACUGCGUGGGGUCCAUGUCGUCCAAGCGCGCCGUGCUGCCGCGGGAUAAGGUGCUCCACCCGGGCGGGACUUAUUAUCUGUCCAAGCCGUUUCUUGCGGGGGAAGGCGCGCUGGAAGGGAAGGGCGCGGAAGGGCAGGGCGCGGAAGGGCGGAGCGCGGAAGGGCGGAGCGCGGAAGGGCAGAUUUCGAAGCAGCAGAUAGAACGAUCAGACGACGAUUCAGGGGGGCACGGAAAAAAGGCAGGGGUGAUAGAACCUGCCAAACAGCCAGCCAAAGAGAGGGAGGAAGAUCAGGGCCUGCUGGUUGAUAUUCUUGGGGAAUCCCAAGGUGCGGCCAUGCCGCUGCCCCACGCAGCUGAUGGUGUUGGCAUCGGUGCCGGUGGUGGUCCGAGGCAGAAGCAGCAGCAGCACCCGGGGGGGAGUGGGAUGCACAUGGUGAAGGGCAUCCUCACUCUCGAUAUCACCAGCGACGCUUCGGACAACGACGACGAUACUUUUCUUAAUGGUGACCAUGAUGAUUGUGACCAUGAUGAGUUCUAUGGCAUGAAAUUUGACCCAGAAUCCGACAACGAAUCCGACGUGGAUUCCUUUGCUACAACCGGGUGCACGGGCGGCUCGUGCGUUUCCACGCCGCGAUCCAGAAAGGAAGCUUCCAGAAAGCGGCCACCGCCGGCCGCCGGGCGGCCACCGCGCUUCGAGCGUCAUGCCACAGUGGGCCCCAGUGCUUCCGAGUCAACCCAGUCAUCCCAGUCAACCCAGUCAACGCGGUCAACGCGGUCCAGGCGACAGGGGAAGAGCAUCAGCGCUCAGAACACGCCCAGAGGGCCGACUCUCUCUCGCUGGCGGAGGGAGGAGUCCCCUCGGGUGUCACACGAGUGGAGAGGCGGAUUCCCCACAGGAACAGCUCCUAUGAGCUUCACAGCCCAGCAGUCUCCCACAGCGGGGAAAGCCUUUGACCUGAAGGUGCAGGAAUCUCCGUGGGCCCCACGGAGGGUAAACAGGAACCUGCGGUUUUGCGAUCUGCAGGAAGGCUUCGGCGAAACAGGAGGCGGUGGCACUUGCGGUAGCACUUGUGGUGAGCGGGGAGGGGGCGGUGACAGGAGUGGGGACGGUGAGAGGGGAGGGGGCGUUGAGAGGGGAGGGGGUGGUGAGAGGGGAGGGGGUGGUGAGAGGGGAGGGGGUGGUGAGAGGGGGGCUUUGUGGAGGCAAGAGUCCAGUGAGAGGAAUCGGCUGGCGUUGGCGCUGCAGCAGCUGUGGAGGCAGGGGUCUGGCGGCUGGGGCACUGGCUGGCACACUGCCUCAAGUGAUGCUGCGGCGUCUGCCCCCUCCCCUGCUGGCGACGGUGGCUGGAAUGGCACUGAUCGCCCCGCUGCUGCUGCUGCUGCUGCUGGUACUUGCCCUGGGGGUGGGGACCACAAGCGUGUGCUGAGUGCGGUGUCUCUGUAUGCCUUGGCUAUUGACGAAGAAAGGGACAUGGAGAGGAGGGCAGGGGACGGAAGGAGCAACGGCAGGGAAGGCAGCAAAACCGGAGGGGACGGAUGGGCCCAUCCUGAGCUCGGCGCGGCCACCAUCCAUUCCUGGAAGCUUCCUCGCUCGCACACUGUGGGAUCGAGGUGUGCGGUGUCGAGGCCGUCGGGUUAUGGGGCUGACCUGCGGACGUCUACUAAUUCAGCAGUUUCUAAGCCCGUGGGUCAUGGGGCUGACCCGAGGAGGGCUCACCUGAGGAGGGCGGAGCUGAGGAGGGCGGACUUGAGGAGGUCUGCCAACUCCAUGGUUUCCAAGUCCGCGGGAGACGGGGCUGAUCUGAAAGCCAAGUACCUGGAGCUCCGGCAGAUGUACUGCCAGCAGCCGCAGCAGAAUUUCCAGCACUGGGAACAGGGACAGAUGCUGCACCAGCAGCAGCAGGGGCAGCAGCCACGGCACCUGCAGCAGCAGCAGCAGCAGCAGGCAUUCCAUUCCCAUUCCCAGUCACCCCACUCGGCAUGGUGGUACUCCAUGGGAGGUGGAGGAGGUGGAGGAGGAGGCGGCCAGGAGUUCCACUCCCAGCAGCAGCUGCAGUUUCCAGCUCGCACCUUGUCCCAUACCCACUCGUUUCAAUCACGCUCGCUGCAGCCACGCCCUGCAGCGCUCCCCUUGGAAAGGACCCACAGUGUUCCCUCAGAUGCCUUCCUCCAAUCAGCUCUCUUCCCAGCAUCCCUCAGCAGCCAAUCAGAUCAGCCGAGUGUUGCGACCAGCAGUGGCAGCAGUUACAGUGCCGCUGCCAGCCCGGGUUCGUUCUUCUUCCCCAGGUCCCCGUCUGUCUGGACCGAUGUCUCGGAGUCGCCGGCUCCUGGGCUACAGCUGAGCUACAGCCUCCCGUACAGUGUGAUUCCAUACAGUGCAACGCCGUUACAAAGAGGAAGCGGUGUAACUGGCGUUACAGGUGCGAAGGUGGCUCAGAACAAGAAUCUGGGGAGAAUGACUGAGGGGGAGGACUUCUGGCUGAGCUACUACUUGCAAGGUGUGGAAUCGUCGAAAGAACAAUCAUCGACAAAUGGGCACGCUGGUUACGGUGGCUUGGAUUUGAAGCAGACGCAGCUGUGCAGCCAGGGAAUGCUUGAUGAUGAUGAUUCCCCCCCGCCUGGGCCAUUGAGGACCCUGUCUUGGUCAGAGUUGGCUCGUCAGCUUCAGGAGUGCCAAGCCAAUGCGAAUGGGUCUAGGCUUAGCCCAGGUGAUGUAUUGCGGAUGGUGGUGGCAAGGCAAGAAAUAAAGGGUAAGGUGUAAUCGGUCAAGAAGAACGCAGGUUGUGUUAUGUGAUGUGCUGUACAUAUUAUCAUAUGCUAAUGCAUCAAUACAAAAAACAGAUUUUA